GCAAGAGUGGGCGGAGUCCGGCAGUACCGGAGAUGGCGUUGCCAGGCUCAGUCACUACUUGUCUUUCUCCACCUGUGCAUUACAUGAUUUGCAAACUUGGAUUUGAGGAAAAAGGAACCUAUGAUAUUAAUAGUAUUUUGUCUGAAGAUGGUGAAGUACGUUGGCAAGCUGUUACAGAGCAUGUGUGUUACCUUGAAUCAGAUCAAAGUGUGGAUUAUAUCAAAAGCAUACGAUCAUUAGGACCUGUAUGUGAAUCGGUUAAUUUGCACUUCAAAUCUCUGACCAAGGAGCAAUUUGUAAGCCAGUACGCAUUAUGGUUCCGCUGGACAAACUACACAGAGUUAUUUCUUGAAGUAUUUGAUGUUCUACAAUAUACACAAACUACAGAAGUUGCUCUUGGCUUAAUGAAACUAACUUCGUGCUUGGAGCGAGCCUUGGGUGAUGUAUAUUUACUGAUUGGUAAAGAUUGCCCUUUCCUUCUAAGAGACUUGCUUGCUUCUGAGCAGCUUGCAGUUGUCUUUGGACGAGCUGUAAUGAAUGUACUGAGGGUAUUCAUUGGAUCUCCGAAUGGUCUGAAUCUUCGUAAUGUUUUGUGGCAUGGGUUUGCAUCCCCACAAGAAAUCCCUGCAAAAUAUUGUGCUAUGCUGCUUUUUUUAACUGCAGGAUUGGGUCAGUUGUUACAGACAUAUCUUCGACAAACUAAAUGUGUUUUAGUACAUCGACCUUAUGUGAUCUUCUUUAGCUUAGAGGAGCUUGAUGUAUUUCCAGAUCUUAAUCAUGAAACACUUUGCGUAGCUGAAGAGCUUGUAAAACUGUCUGGUUUUGUAUUAAAACCAAUGUUCCCAUUUUGGACGGCUGCUUUAACAGCUUUCAAGCAAAGCAGGUACGCUGACUGUGUGAUUCUCUUACUUCCUCAGCUGGAAGCUGGACUUAGAUUGCUCUUCACUACAAUUAAUAAAUGUCCAAAUCGAUUGCUAACAGCUGAGCCUUCUGCUCUCUACACCACUUUUGAUGAGAUGCUAGCAAAGCAUUUGGGUAAUGAAGAAGUCAACCAGCUUCCUGCAGUUCUUGAGGAACCUGCCAUGGAAUUUCUUUGGGAUUUCUUGAACCACCAGGAGGGUCCACGUGUAAGAGAUCGGUUAAGCCAUGGAGAGGUCAAUCUAGAAGCAUUUCCCAGAGAAGUAGCUAAUCAGAUAGUUGCAUUUGCAAUUACUCUUCUCUGCAGAUUCUCAGAUGAGGAUAUGUUUGCUUUUAAGGAACACAUGGUCAUAAAACCACUGAUGAACUGUGCAAGUUGCUACCGUUCUCGAUUUCACCCAAUUUCCCGACUCAAGAAACAGGUGCUGGCAUGUAUGAAGAGCAUUCACUUAUGGCCCAAAUUGCCAACAGCACCUGAGGAACACAUUCAAACAAUUAAAGGGUUGGAAGGAAAUGCUGAAGCUAGUACUUUAAUUUUGAUGAUAUCUGAAAUGAUAUCUCGGUUGCAGCAAUAUAUGCCCCAGAAUUGCUGUAGUACAGAUGAUCCAAUCAACAGCGUCCUAACAGAGAGGCUGCUGAUUGAACUUUGUGAUAGGCGUAUUUGCACACUUUAUUCUCCGCGACCCGUUCUGGAAAUAUUGGUGGUACUCCGUAAAAUAAGCGCGCAGUGCCAUCAAGUGUCUGAACAAGUUAUUGCCAGCACUGAGUUGAGAUACAAACAGCGGAUGAACAAGACUCUACGCUCUCGCCAGAGGCAUAACUAUCUUCGGAUGUUAAACAGCAUUAAAUUCUUGUCUCCAGUGUUGCGGCUUGUCUUAGUGUUGAUUACUCUGGAACUAGUCAACAUUCAUUGGGUUUGUGAGAAGAAUCCUUUUGAUUACCAGCAGUAUCUGAAGUUUUUGAAGUCAGUCUUGCAGUAUACUGAGAACUUGGUGACAUACACAAGCCCCGAGAAAAACAAGUGGGAUGAAACCAUGGAGCUUACAAACAAGGCUUUGAUAAAAAUAAGGAAAAUUGGUGACAGAAAGCUAAUGUUAAUGCAACUAGCUACAUAAAUUAAAUGGGUGUAAGAUUAUUUGGACAUUGUUAUAUCUUAAGAGUUCUGGAGUCCUCCAAUUUUAUAAAUCUAAUUCAAAGACAAACUUCAUCAGUCAUUGUCGAAUUUUGGAUGCAAAAUUUGGUCUUUUUAUUAGAAGGUGGCUGUUGAGACUGGAGUUGAAUGAUCAAGCUUCACUUCAGGGAUGGACUGUUUGCCAAAUCCAGUGAAAAAGAUUUACUGUGAGCUAAAUCAGGAUGAUGCAAGUUCUACUUUAAGUCUAUUAUGUGUUUUGUAGCUUGAGGUUGGUUUGUUUGUUUGGUAGUUUUCUAUUAUACUGAAAAUAUCUAAGAAAAGAGUUCAAAUAAAAGCUCUGGGAAAUUUUAAAUCCAAAGAGUAAUUUUUGACUUUGAAAUAUACUGGAAAUAAUGUGAGACACUGUGAUCAACAAGUUAAGAAAUGAGGAACAUUUAGUGUAAAGUAGUGCUCGUUGGCAGCUGUGGUUGUUGUAAUUAGUUCAAAACAGAGUCAGAUCUUGCACUGAGGUAUAGCUGGGAACAGAGUAACUAGUUGUUUAUACACCAGGAUUUAGAGGCGGCAGGGUGGAAUAACUUUUGCACAAUAUGUGUUUGUGUUUAAUUUCAUCUGCUCAUUCCCGUUACAUAUUUCAUUAGUUAGUGAGUUCAUUUAAUGCAGAUUAAAUAUGAACACUGACAUGCGCACGCUCACAGACACCUAUUUAUUGAGGUUCAAAAAGUUAUGCUCUUGUUGCACACAACACUCAUUUGAAUAAUUUAUUUUUUCAAACUAAGUUCUCCUCCUUUCUCAUCCCGAAAGAGCAGAAGUUCAAAGGAAUGCAUCAGCUGAAGAACAGGUUCACAGGAGACCGCCAAUCUCUACCCAUU